CACACAGGGCGGAGCACAAUUGGACCAGCGUUGUCGGGGUUAGGCCGUCAUUGUAAAUAAGAUUUUGUUCUUAACUGACUUGCCUAGUUAAAUAAAGAUUAAUAAAGUUGGCGGCAUGCACAUUUAACGUUGGUUUGCGGACUGCCAUUAUAAUUGACGAACAUCAAGCGAAUGCUUGACAUUUAUACAUCCGGUGAAAAUCUCAUUGUUCUAUUUGUGAUUCGCUUGGUGACAGGCGGCUCGGCUCCGGGACUGCAGCUGGGUGCAUCUUAGAUGCAGACAGAUGACAAUGGUUUGAAGUCUGGUUCGUUAAAUACCCAUUCAUUUUACAACGCACCAUAACAAUCAAGUUAGCUAACCAUGGCUAACGGUAAGUGAAAUUUGCAAUUCUUAGCUACUUGCAAUGCUAACGUUAGAUGGCUAGCUAGUCUUUAAUGUUUCAAAACUAAACGCAGCAAGCUAGCGUUUAAAUCAGUAAUAUUAUUGGGUGUGAAUUUAUUUGCUGGCAAGUUAAACAAAGUGUUUUAUGUUGCGAACGAAAAAGAGUUGUCUCUGAAUCAUGGAAGCGCAAAUGCUAUGUAGCUAGCUAGUUAGCCAGGUGCAGAUUUAGCAAGGUGGAUCUUGCUAAACCAAUCCCCCGGCUGCAAAGAUUGUUUUUGUAAACGAAUUCGGAAAAUAACCAAUCACGUCAAGUGUCUGUCCACAUUAGCCCCUUUCAAACGGCAUUGUUAAGCUUUAUCCCUGGAUUCACACUUGUGUAUUCCAAAGCCCUGGGCAAACGGACAAACGUAGCUUGCUGACGCGACCAACACUCUCAGCCACGCGACCAUUUGUUACAUGCAAGGCAUUUAUUCGCAUAUUAGGUCCCCUUGCUGCUAGCAUAGCAUUUUGUUUCCAAUAAUGUAUGUUUGAAAACAUUGCUGCCUCCUUUCCCUGACCUCGGAAACAAGGUUUCACUUUUGAAAUGUGAUCUUGCCCCUGCACAGAGAAUGUUGUUCACGGACGAGACAUCAACUUUUCUGAUCCAGGCAAAAGCAUGCAACAAUAUUAUCAUGGAUGGUAAUAUCUAGAUAAAUGUUAACAGAAUAAAUUAAUGAAAACCGACAAAUUGAGACCUGUGUGAAUGAAGCUAGCCACAAUAGUGGAUUUUGCGUUAGAGAGUGUAGGAAAAACAGCAGGUCCGAGACAAGGUAUGCUACUCAGUGACACAGAACACAACUGUAGAGUUUAAACAAAUAUUCGCGUUUUAGCUAAUUAUUUGAAAAACGAACUGCUUCAAAGACGAUGUCAUCCAUGAUGGACUGGCAUAGUUGUUAAUUACCUAUAUUAUCCUAAUGGUGAUGCACCUUUACACAUUUAAGUCAGCCCAACGCCCGCCUUGAUAUGUGCCAAAAAGGCAUCAAGUCAAUCGCUUGGCCUGAUAUAAGUAUAAAUACAGUAAAGUACACACUAAAAGAGUAAAAAAACAUGUAAGAAAAAUCGUGUUAAAAAAAUAAUAAUAGGCACAACUGCAGACUUCAAAGAAUAGGCCAGGGCAUUCACAGAGUUGGUCAGAUGGUGCCUGCUAAUGUCAUCGGCCUCCCCCUUUGCUUGAGGAACAAAAGAGGAAGGUAAGUAAGUAAAUCAAGUGAAAAGGAGACUGGAGUAGGACUUUAAUUUGUGCUCCUCCAGUUACACAACAUCCCUUCCUAUCUCUAAUUUGAUAGGCCUACCUGUAAAAUGGGAGGGGUGUCAUAUCCCCAUAACCAGAGAAAUUGGACAACAUUUACACACACUUUGGUUGAACUCAUACCUUGGUUGACUCAGCUUGGCGAUGCUACUUUCAGCUUGAUCUCAAUUAUUGGAGAGAGACCUCAUCGCUUUAUCAGGUAUGAAGGGGUCAAUGGUGCUUUUGUUAUUGUUAAGUUUUGUUGUAACUAGUACUCUUUGUAUGUUGGCCUAUGUUAAUUUAAUAGGCCUACAUUCAAUUUUAUUGGUAACAUACACAUUUAGCAGAUGUUAUUGCGGGUGUAGCGAAAUGCUUAUGUUUGUAGCUCCAACAGUGACAUGAGAUUUGAAUUUACAAAAUGGAGAGAACUUGACAUAAAUAGCUUCUCCUUGUCCGCUUAUUUAGAAGUAAAUGGAAAUAGAUAAACCUACCUCUUAAAUUAUUGCAUUGGAAUAUAAUUUCUCAAAUUGACCCCAACCCUGAGGCCUAAAUUCAACACUUAAAUGACAUGAGGAUCACACUGCGCAACAUGCAUUACGGUUCCAUAGGCUCUCCAAUUCACCUUCAUUUACAGUUUUACUCUGUUCAAGUAGACAGUUAUCAAUAGUUUGUUUCUUUGUUAUUAGUCAUUCAAAAUGUACAGGCCUACAGUAUUUGGCACCCUCUGCUGGUGAUUUGCAGGAUGUGCAAGGAUACACGUAAAAGGAGGGCUGCGAUUGCCUACUAUGAUCCAUUUUAUAGAGAGAAAUUGGCAUAACUUUAAAACUAGCAGAGAUCCAACUCUGGAACUUUGAUAUGCCUGUAGAGUAUGUUCAACAAUAUAUUGUAACGUUCCCAUUCAAAAUAUUUUAUGUUUGUUACAAAAACUUUCUUACCUUAGUUUGUCCUGGUGGUCGGUACUUCUAAUCUUCGUGCCUUAUAGUGGAUAAUAUUGUGCCCAUGUCAAACCGAGCUGGUAGCACAGGUCAUGCUGACCAGACUUGGCUUCAUGUCCACUCUCCUGGAGCCAGAGCUCCACAUCUGGAGGCAGAUGUUUAUGGGAUUGUGUUACCACAAGGCCUUGUCCCUGCCAUUGUCCAUCCAUCGAUCAGGCAGGGAAAAGGUUUAAAGAACUCCUCCAUGCUGCUCUGUUCAAAUGGACUGAGUAAAUCCUUAAUUACCAUUACCUGUAGCAUAAAGGAAUGACGUAAGUGAAAAUCACAAUUUCCACAACCAUGUUUUGCAAAGGACUAAAACCCUGGAAUGUCACAUGUAAUUAUUUGCAGGUCUUUGUACAUUACUUCCCACGUCGCAUUGACGUCGUAAAGGAUCCAAAGUACCAGUAGCAGAUGGCAUUGGAGUAUGAAGACCAAGCAUGGGAGCUAGGUGUGACUUGUGCCUUCCCACUGGUUCACCUGGUCCCACAAUAAAGUACACCUGAGUGAUGAUUAUGGGAUUGCAAUUUUGGCCAUGCUGAUCAGACACUUCGUUUGAGGGACUGCGGUGCAUGGCUGCUGCUAGGCCUACUUCUGCUGGGAUUUAAAGUGAUGGAAGUGGAGGCAAGAUUGGCCAGAUCUCCAAGACAACUACUUCUUGUGCACCCCCAGCAGGACCCCCUCUUGCAGCACCACCUGCUCCUCCAAUGACUGGCCUUGUGAUCCACAGUCAUGGGGGCAGAGGCAAGGUUGAACACCCAGCGGCUGUCGUUCCAUCAGUUCAGCUGUGUGGAGGCAAAUAAGUACUUUCAGCCGACUCGCAGGGUAUGUUAUUUACUGUUAUUGGUAGAAAUGUCAUCAAUAUAUGUUUAAGUGUGCAUGUGUUGAAAAGUAUUUAGUAAUCAAUGUGAAACCUAAAAUAUCCAUAUGAUUACAGGGUAAAGUGAACAGUGCGGUUAUCUGCAGCCCCAGGAUCACCCUUGAUGGUCAGUGUGACAGGGAGGUGGACGUUCAGUCACCUUUCUACCACACCAAUCUUUUUUUUUACUAAUCAACUGCUCAACAUUACCAAGAGUAUUAGAAUCUGGUCGAGAACAAAAUGUCGAACAGCCUGCAGCUUGUAAAGAGCAGGUGGGGGCAGCCCUGAUAGGUGAAGAGAAGCCCUGAUGGGUGAACUGUUAUUCUUCAAUCUACUUUAUUCUACAUUUUCUUGUAAGUAUUUCAUGGGUGUAUGUUGAUUUGUGUAUUUUCCAGGAGCUUGCUCGGUUGUCUUAUUAAAAAGAGAGCAGGGAAGAAUUUGUCAGUUUCUCCUAUAUUGGCUCAAAUUGGUUACUGUUUUUUACUUCCCUCUGGAAAGUUGUUUCUUUAAAUAAAUACUGAAUAAAACAUUUCUGUUGCAAUUUUUUGUUAUUAUUGGGUAUCUUAAAUACUGUCACCGAGUAGGCUGAUAACCGUGGACCUAAGAUCCAUAGGUAAGGCUGUACAUUGCAAGAUGAAUGUUCAAUACACUGUUGGUUGAGUAGUGAACUUAAUGUGGCUAGUUUCACACCGUUUUCAAAGUCCCCCCAAUAAGUGCAUUGACCAUAAUAUUUGUGAAAACUCUUAACAGUUAUGUCCUGUGGGUGUCACUUAUUUUGACCGAUACCCCAUUUCAUGGGUGAACAAUCUCUAGCUUAGGCUCUACUGUCCAAUAUGAGUUCAACAGUCGACACGUAUUAUAGGCUUAAUGUGGUUAAUUUCAUACUGGUUUUAGAGUUGCACUGUAAGAGCUAAGAUGCUAAUAUUUGUGUAAACUCAGUUGUGUUCUGUGGGUGUCACCGAGUAGGCUGAUACCCCAUUUCAUGGGUGCACAAUCUCUUGUAUAAGCUGUAUAGUAUGCCCCCAAAGCAGAUGUGGGGAUUUCAAGUUUUUUUUCUGUUAAUUAACAAUUGUAUUUCAUUUUGUUUAGCCAUAUCUAGUCCAACUAUGGCUUGAUUCUACUGUUUGGAAGGCUCCUGCGUGGUGCAGCGGUCUAAGGCACUGCAUCUCCGUGCAAGAGGCGUCACUACAGUCCCUGGUUUGUAUCCAGGCUGUAUCACAUCCGGCUAUAUUUGGAGUCCCAUAGGGCGGCGCACAAUUGGCCCAGCGUCGUCCAGGUUUGGCCGGGAGCCAGUGAGUGUGGUGUUCAAGGUGUACUGUCUGUCAGUGAUGACAAUGGUGGCAGCAACUUACACUGUGGUAUUACGAUACACAAGGACCAUAUCAUCAACAGCUAUGUACUUCUCUACAACAGCAGUAUGCGUCACAGAGGUUAUUAAAUUGUUCUUGAGCCUUGGGAUGUUGACCAAAGAAGCUGGCAGCUUUGGCAGGUUAAAAGCAUCCAUAGUUGAACAUGUGUUUCAGUGUCCAAAAGAGCUGCUGAAACUGAGUGUUCCCUCUGUGGUCUAUGCGAUUCAGAAUAACAUGGCCUUCAUAGCCCUGAGCAAUCUUGAUGCAGCUGUGUAUCAGGUGACCUAUCAGUUGAAGAUCCCGUGCACAGCCCUAUGCAUGGUCCUAAUGCUGAACCGCUCUCUCAGCAGGCUGCAGUGGUUGUCUGUCUGCAUGCUGUGUGGGGGUGUUGCUUUGGUCCAGUGGAAACCUGCAGAGGCCACUAAAGUCCAGGUUGAGCAGAACCCUUUUUGGGGGUUCAUGGCCAUUGCUAUCGCUGUAUUCUGCUCCGGAUUUGCAGGUGUGUACUUUGAGAAGGUCCUGAAGAGCUCAGACACAUCCCUAUGGGUGCGGAACAUCCAGAUGUACCUGUCUGGCAUCGUGGUCACCCUCGCUGUUGUUUACAUGACUGAGGGUACUCAGGUUAUACAGAAAGGCUUCUUCUACGGUUACACGCCUUGGGUGUGCUUUGCAGUUUUUCUGGCCAGUGUGGGUGGUUUGUACACAUCAGUGGUGGUGAAAUACACAGACAAUAUCAUGAAAGGCUUCUCUGCUGCAGCCGCCAUCGUUCUCUCUACUGUGGCAUCUGUCGCUCUGUUUGGGCUACAGAUAACUGUUAACUUUGCCAGUGGAGCAAUGCUAGUGUGUAUCUCCAUAUACCUGUAUGGACUCCCAAAACAAGACACCACCAAGCUUCCAAGAGCAGACAAGGAUGCCAAGCAGAAACUGAUCACUGUUUGAGGCCUGGAAGAACUUAAACGUUUAUGGCCUUUCCUGACCACUGACCUGCCCGAGGCCCUCUGUUGCGUAUAGAAUAGUGUCGGCAAGGAACUUUAAUUUAUCAUUUAAUGCUGGAGCAUAAAUUAAGGGAAGGGAUUUUAAAAUACACUUCAAUAUUCUGUGGCAAUUGUGGAGCUGAGGCAUAGAAAUUACCUGUUUUUUUUUUUUUUACUGUGUUACUGCUGUUAUGAAUCUUUGUCAGUCAUUCCACUUGUCACAGUACUAAAUGUAUAUACACAGCUGACAAUCUCAUAUUGUUGUAGCUGUCGUUAUCUAUAAUACAAUCUUGAGUCGUCUGUUUUGAACAUUCAAAAUACAUUUGUUGACCCUCAAUGUUAAUGGCAAUAAAUCUGAACUGUUAUGCAUUG